CAAACAUGGAGUAAAAAAAUAAGAAAAGGAAAAUAAUAAUAAAAAAAAGGGUAAGGAAAUUUGAUUCUCGCAGAAAUCGAAGAUUCAGGAAUUAAUGUGUAGUUGAUAACAAGUGUGGGGAAGUUUAAGGUUGUCUUUUUCGGGUGUUGGGAUUUGGCUUCUUUUUGAAAACGUUGAUCAAAUGGAGACUGACAGGUUGAAUUCUCCAAGUACAUCCUUAAUUAGUUUUGAAGUAUUGGGUCAUCAACUACAGUUCUCCCAGAGACAAAAAGUUCCCCUGGAUUUACUGGAGAGGCUGGGGAAGAAAUUAUUGUUUGAGUUUUUGUGUAUCAGUCAUGGAUCUUCGUGCUUGUUUAUUCUGUGAUUCAGUUAUGGAGAAUCACUGAAUGGACCCUAACUCCAAACAUUUAGGAACAACGGUUUGGGACACAUCAAUGGUGUUUGCCAAAUUUCUGGAAAAGAAUUGCAGAAAGGGAAGAUUUUGCCCAUCCAAACUUAAAAGAAGGCGUGUUAUUGAACUUGGAGCUGGUUGUGGAGUAGCUGGGUUUGGAAUGGCAUUGCUGGGAUGUGAUGUAGUUUCUACAGAUCAAAUAGAGAUUGUGCCAUUGUUGAGGAGAAAUGUAGAACGUAAUAUUUCAAGGAUCAUGCAGAUGAAUUCUAAUUCAGAUUCAUUUGGAUCAAUCCAGGUCGCAGAGUUGGACUGGGGAAAUGAAGAUCACAUAAAAGCUGUUGCUCCACCAUUUGACUACAUUAUUGGUACAGAUGUUGUUUAUGCAGAGCAUCUCUUGGGACCUUUAUUGCAAACAAUAAUAGCAUUAUCAGGCCCCAAAACCACAAUUAUGUUGGGUCAUGAGAUCCGUUCUACUAGUGUCCAUGAGCAAAUGCUUCAGACCUUGAAAGAUCUCUUUGAAGUGAAGAUUGUUCCAAAAGCCAAGAUGGACAGUAUGUACCAACAUCCAAGCAUUCAAAUCUUCAUUAUGGGACUAAAGCCCCCAGCUGUUACUGCAGAGAAGGCGGCCAAUGCUGUUAGCCCAGAUAAGCUGGACAACAAGACUCAAGGUAUUCACCAGCAAGUUAAUGAGGUUGAAACAAGCAAAACAGAUCCAGAAAAGGAAGAGAACUGUGGAAGUAGUACUGUGGUAGAUGAUUUGGAUGGUGAAAUUAUAAAGGAAGAUUAUCUCCCACUUACAAGACUCCCUGAUGGGAAGCUUAAUGACUGGGAGGCAAGAAGAUAUGGCUCAAUGGCUGCCCGGCUUCUACAAGACAUCAAGAUAACUUAAAUUUUCAGCUAUUAUUAUGUGUUAAAAUUUUCGUUAUAUUCCUCAUAUGGGUUAAUGUACAAUUGUGCACCCUCAUUUGUUUCGUUAAGGCACCUAGUUCUUUUUUCAGGAAAAGGCAUGCACAUAGAUCCUAGAAUCCUGUCAUGUUUGGUUGGUUUAUAUUAAGCUUAGAAAACAACGCUUGAAGAUGAAGAUUUUAUCUUGCCAAAUUCUGCAUGUUAUACUACACAACAUGAGCUGGGAAAAAAACAACUCCAGAGCCUUCAUCUUGGAAACAUCUAAACGACAAUGCUCCAUUGUACUUAAAUGUAUAUAGUGAACGUAUAACAAUGCUAGUAGCCUCAGAUCAUACUUUUCUUUAGGAUCUAUCAAUACUUUUACUCUAUCGAAUCAUCCUUUCUGCUAUGGUGUUGAUUUAAAUUAUAUUGUUGUUUUGCUUGCAGAUGCUUUGACGAUUUGAUAUACCUGUUUUUUUCAUUUUCUCACAACCGCAUCACUGCUUUUGGAGAUGGUAAUUUACAAGACAGUGAUGUUAUUCAACUACUCGUAGUGACCACGGAUUGCCGGUGGUGAUGGAAGGUUAUCCGUACGAAUUAUGUGGGCUUAGGUGGGUAGCUCGACCUGUGGAUUGAUCUAUUGGCAUAUGCGUGUAUGAUAAAUGAGGAAAAUGAAAUAAUUUUUAUUUGUUUGUUUGAAUAUUUAAGGUCUGAAAGUGUCCUAGAGGACACAAGAUUAAUGGCCUUUGAAAUUUGAUUUAGUAGCGCAUCCUAUUAUAUGACAUAAUUUCAGAUUAAUUUCUGUUAGUUUCUAAUCAGACAUAAUUUCAGAUU